CAAUUGAAGAGAAGAUGCAGGUCCAGGCAUGACGGAGACGAUGAGUCAGGCCUUUAGUUUUCAAGGUUUCCUUCCACAAAUGUCAAACAAACGUCCAUCGGAGGAGAGCUGAUAACAAAGCUUGAGCGACUAGCUAGAAUGAGACGAAAAUUGCCACCAGGGAAAGAUAAUGCCAGUGAUCAGGUUGUGAACAGAAUAUCUGCAAGCACGUUGCUAACAUUAGCCAGUGGCUGAGCACCAUCUUGAUCGUACGGCGACUUGGCAAUUUGAUCGGCACAUUUGACUUGGUACCGCUUGCCAGCAAUGCCAAUGGCAAUGGCAAUGGCAUGCAAGGGGCUGGCUUGCAAUGCAACCAGCUAAGUAGUGAUGCUCCUUUGCAAUUGGUGGGAGCUACUAGUAGUAGUUCUGAGCUCUGAGCGACCGCCAGCGGCAGUAUUGGCGCAUUGCCUUUACUGGCAGUUGGGAUAUUGAUUGUGCUGCACAAAAUUCUGCAAGCGAGCUACUAAAACCGCCCCGCAUCUCGCAUUUCCUAAAUCCAUGUGAAGUGGUGACUGGGGGCAAGGAUGUUUCGGUGGAGGGGUGUGCCGCAGGUGGUGGAGGGGGCCGUGCGGAGGUUUGUGGUCUCAGCAGCAGGACAGGGGCUAACGGGGAUCCAGGAAUUAGGCAACAAGGCAAGAACUGAAGGAGCGGCCAGGCCCACCACGCCCAAGAGGGCCGCCUCCUCCUUGGUUAAGCCGGUCUUUGAAUAUUUCCAAGCGCAACAUUCCCUCACGGUCGAUGGCAAGAUCGGGGUGCUGACGGGGUGGGACCAGCACAAGCAGUGCUGGUCCCAAGAGCUGUCACACCAGAGGGUCCCGAUUGGGCUGCAGCCGGCGCCCUACAUCAGGAACACGCGCCUCCUGGGGAAGGGCAUCACUAUCUACGAUGUUAAUCAAAGCGUCGACACCAAGCAUCCGGAGCUCUUGGAUCGCAAGCUACACGUCCACAAACUUCUCACCGGUGUUAGCUUGGAUCCCUGGCACGGAACGCUCGUUGCAAGCAGGAUCAUAGGGAAGACCUUGGGGUAUGCGCCCAAGGCAACGCUGCACGUCGUUGAGGUCCCCCCGCCAGAUGCGAAUGGCAACGUCAACGAGGCCGGGCUGGAGCAGGCCAUCAAAUGGGUGUACGAGCAUGCGCUUGAGAACCAAGUCAACACCCCAAUAUUAAAUCUUACCUACUCGGCCGCUUCGUACCGAUCUAGCAGCGUCAAUGACCUCAUUUGGGAGUUGCAGAUGAGCAGCGAAAUCAUUGUGGUCGCUGCUGCUCCGAAUAAUGGUUCGAUCGAUCCUACGGCUACGUUCGAAGGGAUGCGGCAAGGGGCCAAUGGGUUCCUUGUCUCCGCCCUUGCCUUCAAUGGCCGAGAGCGAUACAGUGCGUGUGGGCCCGGGUUCCACCAUGGCGCAGGAGAUGACGUGGCAGGUGCGCUUGCCACGUACGGCGUCUAUGGGCUCGCUGGCGGCACCUCCCUCGCCACCCCCCAGGUAACGGCGGCUGUUGGCGCUGGCGUUGGAGGCGCUGGGAGGGGACGCCUCCCGAGCUGA